CCACUUGACCUAAGCCGUCAUGGCAGGCCACACACCGACACUCCCGGCGCCAUUCAGCAAUGCAGUGUCACCGCUACUGAACGACCUGUACCAGGUGACCAUGGCGUACGCAUACUUCAAGGGUGGGCGGCAUGAGGAGCAUGCGGUGUUUGAUCUGUUCUUUCGCAAGCAUCCGUUCAAGGGCGAGUUCACCAUCUUUGCCGGGCUGGAAGAGUGCCUGCGGCUGGUGGACCACUUUGGCUUUACGGCUGAUGACAUCGAGUACAUUCGUGAGACGCUGCCGGGCGUGUCGGAGCCGUUCUUGGAGUGGUUGGCUGGCCUGUCUACUGCAGGUGUGACAGUCAAGGCUAUUGCCGAGGGAUCAGUCGUCUUUCCGCGCCUCCCGCUGCUGCGGAUCUCGGGCCCGCUCGGCGUGUGCCAGCUGCUAGAGACAACGCUGCUCAACCUGGUCAACUACGCGUCGCUGAUGGCGACAAACGCGGCUCGGUUUGUGCAGGCCGCAGGUCCGGAUGCGCGGCUGCUCGAGUUUGGCCUUCGCCGCGCACAGGGCCCGGACGGUGGCAUGUCGGCCUCCAAGUACUCGUACAUGGGCGGCUUUCACGGCACGUCCAACGUGGCGGCCGGCAAGGCGUUCGGCAUCCCGAUCCGUGGCACCCACGCGCACUCAUUUGUCUGUUCGUUUGUCUCGCUCGAUGACGUCCCGGAUCCAACGGUGACGUCGGCGGAUGGCAGCCGCAGCGUCAAUCUCGCAACCGAGGCAGCCGGCUGUCUGACCGAGCUUGGAUUCGAUGCGGAGACGACAAACGCCGGCGAGUUUGCAGCCUUUGUGGCCUACGCCGUUGCCUUUCCGGACACCUUCCUCGCACUGGUCGACACGUACUCGACGCUCGAUUCGGGCGUGCCCAACUUUAUGGCUGUGGCGCUCGCGCUGGCGCGACUUGGAUACCAGCCGCGCGGCAUCCGACUCGACUCGGGCGAUCUGGCAGCGCUCUCGAUUGCUGCCCGCAACAUGUUUGCCGCGGCGGCGUCGCAGCUGGCGAGUGAUCCCGCGGCGGCGCUCGCUUUCCGCAACCUCAACAUUGUGGCCUCGGAUUCGAUCAACGAGGCUUUUCUCCACACCAUUGCCGAGUCGGGGCACUCGAUCGACACCUUUGGCAUCGGCACCAACCUGGUGACCUGUCAGGCCCAGCCUGCGCUCGGCUGCGUGUUCAAGCUUGUGCAGAUCGGCGACGCGCCGCGCAUCAAGCUCUCACAGAACAUCGCCAAGGUGACGGUGCCCGGCGCCAAGCUCGCCUACCGGUUGCAUGGCCACGACGAGUUCCCCAUCCUCGACGUCAUGGUACUCGAGUCUGAGGAGCCGCCACGCGCCGGCGAGCCGUUCCUCUGCCGUCACCCUCUCAACGAGGGCGAGCGGGUCCGGGUCAAGCCGCGCUCGGUCGAGCCGCUCCUCACCACCCUCUACUCGGACUCGAGUGUGGUGGGCGAACUCCCGAGCUUGGAGAGCGUGCGGAGCCAUUGUCUGGUGCAGCAGGGCGUGUUCAAGCCGCAGACCCAGGUCAAGCACCCAUCGCCGUACCGGGUCUACCUCUCAGAUGCGCUGUACACACUGCUGCAUGACUUGUGGCUCCGCGAGACGGCAGUGCCCGAGCUCUCGUGAGCCGCGGCCGUAUCUGUAGCUU